CGAGAUGGAAUUACGACUGGGAUUUAGGAUCACCCUGGUCUUGGUCAUUCUGGCCUUGACUCUUUCUGGCGAGACAGUGGAAGCACAGAGGGCAGGAUGUAAAAAUGUCCACUAUGACUUGGCAUUUAUCCUGGAUACCUCAUCCAGUGUUGGAAAAGAGAAUUUCGAGAAGAUCCGGCAAUGGGUGGCCAACCUUGUAGAGUCUUUCGAUGUGUCACCUGAAAAGACAAGAGUAGCCGUGGUUCGCUACAGUGACAGACCCACCACUGAGUUCACCCUGGGCAGACACAGGAGCCUGGAAGAUGUAAAGCGAGCUGCCGCUAACAUACGCUACCUGGGAGGAAAUACAAUGACUGGGGAUGCUAUCAGCUACACCACCACCAACAUCUUUACGGAGCGGAGCGGAGCCAGGCCCAAAGCAAGAGGCAUUCAGAGAGUGGCUAUCCUUCUCACAGAUGGCCGAAGCCAGGAUUAUGUUCUGGAGCCUUCGAAAGCGGCUGCCAAAGCCGGCAUCAGGAUGUUUGCUGUGGGCAUCGGGGAGGCUCUGAAGGUGGAGCUGGAGGAGAUCGCUGCCGAGCCAAAGAAUGCCCACGUCUUCCAUGUGACGGACUUCAAUGCCAUUGACAAGAUCAGAGGCAGACUGAGGAGGAGGCUGUGCGAGAAUGUCUUGUGUCCGAACAUGAGGAUUCAACCUGACCGGUUUAAGCCCAACAGCACCAGUUAUGGUCUUGAAGAGGUUCCAGGGUUCGACCUGAUGGAGUACUUCAAUGUGAGAGAUAUUCUGGGAAGCAGAGUCGAUGAAGGCCAAAGUCCUUACGUCCGCCUUGGUACCAUGCCCAUUGUACAGCAAACAGAGGAUGUCUUUCCUCAAGGGUUGCCAGAUGAAUAUGCCUUUGUGACGACAUUCAAGUUCAGGAAAACCUCAAGACGUGAAGAUUGGUACCUCUGGCAGGUUUUUGACAAAUAUGGGAUCCCACAGGUGUCCAUCCGCCUGGACGGAGAGAACAAGGGGGUGGAGUACAAUGCUGUCGGCCUGACAAAAGAUGCUGUCAGAGCUGUCUUCAAGAACCCUGAAGUUGAAAAUCUGUUUGACCGCAACUGGCACAAGAUUGCCCUCAGUGUGGAGGCCAAGUCUGUGUCUCUGUACCUGGACUGCAAACACAUCCAGACUCUGCCCAUUGAAGACAGGGAGGACAUUGAUAUUCAGGGGAAGACAGUGAUUGGGAAGAGGCUGUAUGACAGUGUGCCAAUUGAUUUUGAUCUUCAGAGGAUGAUGAUUUACUGUGAUUCCAAGCUGGCAGAGCUGGAAACCUGUUGUGAUAUACCCAACGGACCUUGCCCUAAGAAAGUUGUGACAGAGGCCCCCCCGGUGCAGAUCCCCACUCCAACACCGACUGUUGUGGAGCAGCAAAGAGGUCCUCAAGUGAACUGUUCGUGUCCUGCAGGAGAUAAGGGAGAGAUGGGUGCGCCCGGCGUUGCAGGUCCUAAGGGUGAAAAGGGUGACACUGGCCUUAAGGGCGCCAUUGGACCGCCUGGAAUCCGAGGAGAAAAAGGAGAAACUGGCAAAGUAAUCUCUGUCAAAGGUGACAGAGGUGAGAAGGGUGAUAGAGGCACGAUAGGGUUGUCAGGUGCUCCUGGACAAAAAGGAGAGAAGGGACUUGGUGGUGUGCCAGGUAUUGAUGGAUUAUCUGGAGACAAAGGAGACAAAGGUGCAGCAGGACGGGAUGGUGGACCAGGGCAGUCAGGUCCAGCUGGACCAAAGGGAAUUCAAGGAGAUGAAGGAAGUCCUGGUGCACCAGGACCAAAAGGUGUCAUUGGUGAAUCUGGUAUAAAGGGUGAAAAAGGAGGUCCGGGCGCCAGGGGCGAGGCAGGUUCGGAUGGAUUUCCUGGCAAACCUGGAGUUCCUGGGAAAGAUGGUUUGAGAGGACUCGUUGGUGCACCCGGAGCAGGCGGAAUUAAAGGCGUCAAGGGGGAGAGAGGCCUUCCCGGAUUACCUGGGGAUGUGUUUCAACAAGAAGGUUUACGGGGUGAAAAGGGAGAAGCUGGAUCUCCUGGGCUUCCAGGGCCCGAGGGCCCCCCGGGGCCUCAGGGUCCUCCGGGCCUGCAGGGUGAACCUGGGGAACCUGGAGAGUUCGGCCAGAGGGGAAAGAAAGGUGAAAGUGGACUACCUGGAGUGGAUGGCCUUCCUGGACCCCCUGGUCCUCAGGGUCCAGCUGGGCCACCAGGAAACCAAGGACACACUGGACCUCCUGGUCUGCCUGGUGAAAUUGGAUUUUCAGGCAAACCUGGAGAGUCUGGAAAGCCUGGUCUUCCUGGUAAAGACGGACUGGACGGUCUUCCUGGAAAUGACGGUGCCAUGGGGCCCAGGGGAGAACGCGGAGCAGAUGGCUUUCCCGGCAAGCCUGGAUCUAAGGGUGACGAUGGGCCUCCCGGACCAAGGGGACCUUCAGGGGAGAGAGGAGAACAGGGUCAACCUGGUCAACAAGGUGCUGAUGGAGGAAGAGGAGACAGGGGUGUUCCCGGAGAAAGAGGACAGGAUGGACCACAUGGGCCAAAAGGUGAUAAGGGCGACAAGGGUGAAGUGGGAGCGCGGGGACUACCUGGCAUUCCAGGAAACGUGGCAAAUGUUAUUCCUGAGCCUGGUGAACCUGGAAAACCUGGAGAGAAAGGAGAGAAAGGGGAUCAAGGAAAGCCAGGAGAGAUGGGUCAAAGAGGGUUACCUGGUGAACAAGGCUUCAAGGGACCACCUGGAUUAGCGGGUCCAAAGGGUGACACUGGACUUACAGGAGAGACAGGACGUGUUGGAGACCCCGGUCCACCUGGCAUAGCUGGUCCUCCAGGUCCUCGAGGAUUACCAGGGAAUGUGGGCAUACCAGGGAUCAUUGGGCCUCCUGGUCCAGCUGGACAGAGAGGAGACAAGGGUGAAGUAGGUAAACCAGGACAAGCAGGUCCCUCAGGCCCACCCGGGGACCCUGGUGUGACUGGACCUCCUGGACCAACAGGGAAGGGGAAAGAGGGUGAAAAAGGGGAGCCGGGACCACAGGGAAUACAAGGACCUCCAGGGCUCAAGGGGCAAACCGGGUCACGAGGAGAACCAGGGUUACCAGGGGACAAAGGGUCCGCAGGAGAAGGCAAAAUGGGACCACCGGGGCCUCCAGGAAAACAUGGGGAAUCUGGAUCCUCGGGUUUGAGAGGUCCACCAGGAGUUGCUGGUCCUCAGGGCCCAGCAGGACAUAAUGGUUUACCAGGAAGGCCAGGAGACAAGGGAUCACCAGGAGAGCCUGGAAAGGCAGCAGACCUCUCUGACCUAAAUCUAAAGGAUGUUUGCUCAGACUGCCCUGCAGGUCCAUCUGGACCACCCGGUCUCCCAGGAGUCCCAGGAGACAAAGGACACCAGGGACCUCCCGGCAAAGACGGUCAAGAUGGUUACCAAGGCCCAGCGGGAACAGCUGGAGCUCCAGGGCCCCCUGGAGCUGACGGAGGAAAGGGUAUAAAAGGUGAUCGAGGACCCCCUGGAGGUGCUGGAGACAAAGGAGACAAGGGUCACCCAGGACCCCCUGGUCAUCCAGGUACUCCGGGUUUAAUGGGUACACCUGGUAACGAUGGACCGCCUGGCCCUCUAGGCCCCCCGGGACCCCCUGGAGAAAAGGGCAAAGAGGGUCUCAAAGGAAUCCAAGGACCACCAGGUCUACCUGGCUUGAUCGGUCAGGCUGGAAAAAUGGGAAAAGAUGGAAGACCAGGUGAAACAGGAGAACCUGGCAAGCAAGGUGAACCUGGACUACAAGGAAACCCAGGGCUCAGGGGACUCCCAGGCUUUAAGGGCCACAGAGGAGAACCUGGACCUCCAGGACCCAAGGGAGAAGAUGGAAAGCCUGGAUCACUUGGGCGUGAUGGCAAACCUGGGAAGGAGGGCUCUAUGGGAGCUCCAGGCAGAGAAGGACUUAGUGGACCAAGAGGAGAGCCGGGCAAGCCAGGUGAACCUGGGCCAUCCGGAAAAGCAGGUCUCCCUGGAACACCAGGUCUUAGGGGAGACAAGGGAGAGGCCGGCAACCCAGGAUUACCGGGCUUUAGCGGGCCUAAAGGCCCCGCGGGUCCACCUGGUCCAAUUGGCCCAGAGGGAAAACAGGGGAUGCCAGGCAGAGCUGGUGAUCGUGGCCUCAAAGGAGAAAAGGGGGACGGAGGUAUGAAAGGAGAUAAAGGACAUUCUGGAGAUCCAGGUAUGCCUGGAAACCCUGGACCCCCUGGCAGAAAGGGCCACACAGGGAUGAUGGGCAUGUCAGGACCACCAGGAGAAAUAGGAGCUCCUGGGCCACAAGGACCUUCAGGAAACCCUGGUAUCCCAGGCCAAAGGGGAGAGUCAGUGUCACUGGAGCAAAUGAGACGGCUCAUCCAGGAGGAGCUGUCAAAACAAUUAGAUGCCAAACUGGCUUACCUCAUGGCUCAGAUCCAGCCAGCACACGUAAAGAGUACAGCGGGCCGUCCAGGACCUCCAGGCCCAUCAGGUAAGGAUGGCAAUACUGGACGACCUGGCCCCCCUGGAGAACCCGGUAUGCCUGGACAGAAUGGAGGAGAAGGACCCAGGGGACCCAUGGGCCCUAAAGGUGAGAAAGGAUCAAGAGGAGAAAAGGGAGAUGCUGGUAUCGGCGACAGAGGAGAGCAGGGACCUGCUGGCCCGAUAGGUCCAGCCGGUCUGCCUGGUUACGGUAAAGACGGAAGCCCAGGACAAGCUGGAGCCCAGGGAGAGCCAGGAAACCCCGGCCCCCACGGUCAGCCUGGACCUCCAGGUCCGACUGGCCAAUGUGACCCCACCCAGUGUGCCUACUAUGCCAGCCUGGCACAGAGACCCCACACCAAAAAUGUCAAGGGGACUUAA